AUGGACGACACCUACCGCCCGGACCAAGUCUUCAAAAUAACGUCCACACAAGGCAGAGACCAUAAUAAACCCACAACCCCAUCCGAGGUUGUCAACGAAAAGUCGCCCGCAGCUCUUUCUUCUGCCCACCUCCACUCAAACUUACCAGCGUCCCUCCCCGACACAACUGCAAAACCAGGCUCCAGAAAGAGCCAACUCCUGCAGCAGCAACAACAGCAGCAAAAGUCGCCGCCAGCGAGUACAAACGUAACCCCCGAUCCAAAGCCGCAGCGGGCCGGUGGCAUAUUCGCGUAUGCCGCCGCGGCCCUCGACAGGACCCUCUCGGAAUCCCGAAAUAUACGUUCACGCCCGUCCCUGAACCGAUUGUCAGUGUCGGUACUGCCCGAUUCGACAACAACUACAGCCUCCCCCCGACAGUCCACAGGCGGCAGCAACAGCGCGAGUAGCAGCCCCGAGAAGAAGGCUACAAACCGCGCUUCGGUGUCGAACCUGCGGCUCUCACCGUCGCUGGGAACCCCGCCCUCACAACCUUACAACGAUACCGAUCCUUCGCAACCAGCCCCGGUCCGCGUGCAGCGGCUAUCCAACAAGAUGCAUCAAACCUCGUCGAGAUUACUCCGCAUGACGGACGACGACCGUCCAUUUACCAAGGACUUCAAAGAUUUGUUCGCUACGUUAAUUGUUAGCAUGCUACCCCUGACACCACAUCGCGUCCGCCUCACCAAGAUCGAUCACACCUUUUUGUCCGAGGAUGCUAUCAACAACCUCGGCUCGCUCAAGUUCUCUCAGUCAAAUCGUAUGCCCGACCCCAAGGACGUUGCGAGAAUAGUCACCACAACAACAACCACUACAUUCUCCAUGGCCAAGGAAAUGGCCAGGUCAAUGCUUCAACGCUUUCUCGAGGCCCGCCUCAUCGAGUCGGCCGACGGCAAAUAUCAGCAGGUUUACACAAUGAGGGGAACCGUCUGGCAGUUAACGCCCAAAGGUAUCUCCAUCUUGGACUCUUUUGCUUCGCGUAACGGCAUUCAAGACAGGCAAAUACCGGAAAUUGUCGGCUCAUCGCUAGCUCAGCUCGUAACCUUGGAGCGGGAUCCGGCAACGGACAAGUUGGUCAAGGACUUUCACACAAUUGAGGUCAUCUUUGGCCGCUUCAUUGGCAUACACGGCCCCAAUGUCAAGUCCAGCGUCAGCUCUGCCGACUCGGACUCGUUAAGCGACUACCGCGAUGGUUUGACCGGAGUUAAGAUGGCACCAGAGCGCAAGGUUAACGGCAAGAUUCACAAGGAUACUUUUACCGGAAAGGCAGCAGCUGAGUGGCUUAUGGAUUGCUGCACGACGGUUGAUCGCAGGGAGGCGGUCGAGAUCGCGUCCUUGUUUGUCGAGUACGAGCUGAUCGAGGCACUGCAGCAAGAUCGCUCACAUAUUCAGCAAUUUCCCGGAUGCCAAAUUUUCCAGCCAACAAAGCAUGCUAUAUACCACAUGACGAGUAAAGGCAAGGACAUGAUCAACGGCUCGGCCCCAAGGGGUCGGGCGUCAGAAGGCGAUGCCACACACUCGGCAACCCACCGCCACGGCGUCGCCCGCGACUCGAACACGCAGCGCAUGGACAAGAUCCUCAACGACGCGGCAUUACGUCUCCUGUUCCGAGAGAACCUACGUGAGACACACUGCGAGGAAAACCUUUCCUUUUACUUGGAUGUUGAAGAGUUUGUGAGGCUCUGCCGCUCAGCUGUCCGCCAGGCACAGAUCGCCCAAAGCUCGUCGACAAACUCUGCGGAGGCUAAGAAGCAGGCACUAGACGGAGUUAAAGAGGUCAUGGCACAGGCGUACGGUAUAUACAAUGCGUUCCUCGCUCCGGGAUCGCCAUGCGAGCUCAACAUUGAUCACCAAUUGCGGAAUAACCUUGCCACACGCAUGACGAAGGCCGUUGGUCAAGAUUCGGCAAUGGUGGAGACAUUGCAGGAGGUCAUGGCCCUUUUUGAGGAUGCACAAAACGCCGUGUUUAAACUGAUGGCUAGCGAUUCCGUGCCCAAGUUCCUUCGCAGCCGCAGGUAUGAGCAUCUACUCAAGAACUAUGACUUUGAUUCAGUGUCUCUCGAAUCAUCACCGCGGGUACCUGAACGCAGCCAAAGCCGCUCGCAACGGUUAUGA